CGGAGCUCUCCGACUGCCUGGUUGGCUUCUGACCUCACAGCCUACGACCUCGGUCGCGCCGGCAGCGAUGGCGCGGAAGUCGAAUAUACCGCUGCUUCUCGUGCCGUUGCUGCUCGGCCCGGCCCUGGUGCGCGGCUCUGGCUCCCUCCCUCUGGUCCUCAACACUUGGCCUUUUAAGAAUGCAACCCUAGCAGCCUGGCGGACAUUAACAUCUGGAGGUUCUGCCCUGGACGCAGUUGAGAGUGGCUGUGCUGUGUGUGAGAGAGAGCAGUGUGAUGGCUCUGUGGGCUUUGGAGGAAGUCCUGAUGAACUUGGGGAGACCACACUGGAUGCCUUGAUCAUGGAUGGCACUGUUAUGAAUGUAGGUGCAGUAGGAGAUCUUAGACGAAUUAAAAAUGCAAUUGGUGUCGCACGGAAAGUACUGGAACAUACAACACACACACUUUUAGUGGGAGAGUCAGCCACCAUGUUUGCUGAAAGUAUGGGAUUUAUCAAUGAGGAUUUAUCUACCAGUGCUUCUGAAGCUCUUCACUCAAACUGGCUUGCUAAGAACUGCCAGCCAAAUCACUGGAGAAAUGUUAUUCCCGAUCCUUCAAAACACUGUGGACCAUACAAACCACCUGGUAUUUCAAAGCAGAAUGAUCCCACCCAUAAAGUAACAGGAGAUGAUCAUGGUCACGAUACUAUUGGCAUGGUUGUAAUUCAUAAAUCAGGACAGACUGCUGCUGGUACAUCUACAAAUGGUAUAAAAUUCAAAAUACAUGGACGUGUAGGAGAUUCUCCAAUUCCUGGAGCCGGGGCCUACGCUGAUGAUAUGGUAGGCGCAGCUGCUGCCACCGGGGAUGGUGACAUACUGCUACGCUUUCUACCAAGUUACCAAGCUGUAGAGUACAUGAGAAAUGGAGAGGAGCCAACUGAAGCCUGCCAAAGAGUGAUUUUAAGAAUUCAGAAGUAUUAUCCAAACUUCUUUGGGGCUGUUAUAUGUGCCAGUGUGAUGGGAAGUUAUGGUGCUGCUUGCAAUAAACUCCCAACAUUUACUCAUUUUACUUUCAUGGUUUAUAAUUCUCUAAAAAAUAAGCCAACUAUGGAGAAAGUAAACUGCAUCUAAACCAUUUUUUUUCUGCCGAUAUCUGCAUUUAAAGAAGAAAGCAAUGGAGGUUGUAAAACAUACUCAUUGUCAUGUAUUUAAAAUUCUUCUGUAAAAUAAGCACAAAAAUAAAUUAUGCUGAAAUGGUACUUU